AGACGUGUCCUACUGACAACAAACACAAAUACGAGGGUGCGAGAGCUGGGAUAAAGAACAAAACACUGACAUUUCUGCAGCUAAAACUACUACUUGUGUCGUCGAGUGGAUUUCACAAAGGACAUUGACUGUAAGCAGAGCGAGUACGUGCUACCCAAGUUCGGACCGAUGUGGAAACCUCUGGGCGUUAUCGUCCAGGCUGCCAUGGUUACGCCGUAAAAGGGUAGUAUUUAUUGUAACAUUUGUGAUUUCAACGUAAUUGAGAUCAUGGGUUCCAGGCUCAGCCGCCAAAACAGUCUCGACAACGAGAAUUUUUCAAGGAGGCGACGGAAACAUCUCGACAGUACGGGAGAAAGCGAUCGGAGCGGAGACUUCUUGUUUACAUCCCUGAUGCCCAGGUCGGAUAAGCUGCCGGGGAUGCUGAGGAGAGCCAACCACAGCCCGUAUGUCAGACGAGUCGCCUGGGUCCGAGAGAUUCAGAAGCUCCUUCGGGAGAGGAAGAGAGAAGACGCGACGGACGUGCUCAAACUGUUGAGGAAGGACCUGGGAUUAGAGGGUACAUCACUCAAUGAUAUCCUCUAUAAGAACACAUCCUUUCUAAACCUGGUGGACCCCAUAUCUCAUGAGCUCCUGCUGAGCCUGGCUAGAGACAUGCAGUGCCCAAAGAAGGUGGGAUUUGUGCCCACUGAUACCCAGUUCACUAAAGGAAUUAUGCAAAUUAGUCUUAAAACAACACUUCAGAAGAAGCUCUGCAGUGACUCUGUGGACCUGUCUGGCAUCCCUUUAUCAACUCGCGACAUACGGCAUGUGGCGUAUUACCUCCAGACCAGUGGGGGCGCUGUGAUAUCCGUAGAUCUUAGUUUCACUGAGCUCCGGGACGAGGGCCUACGUCUACUUCUGCCCUUCCUGGGUGCAUUGCUCAAACUCACAACACUGGCUCUCAAUGGGAACCGUCUGACUCUUGGCAUCCUUAAAGAUCUGACUGAAGCCCUCAAAGAUUCCAAGAAGUUCAGUUGUCUUGCCUGGGCUGACCUGGGCAACAACGUGGACAUAUUUACCAUGCCACAGCCUCUUCUGGUGGCCCUACGGCGACGCUGUAGUCUAAAGGGCAGUCUGCCCACCAUCUAUGAGUACACAGAGGGUCAGCCCUAUUGCUACCACAUGGAGAGCUCCAUUGAAGAACCCAGCCACUAUGAAGAAGAGGAGGAUGAAGACGAUGAUGAGGAAGAGGAUCUGGAGCCAUGGAGCAUCGGGGAACAGAAAAGUUCAGCUCCAUGACCUUCCCAUUGUGGUUAUGUGUGAACCAACAGCAUCACAUUUAAAGAGCCAACUAACCACCUGAACACGGCAAACGGUGAAACACGCUGGUUUGAAAUUCUCUCAAAGCUUCACCAUUGACUUACUGUAUUGGCAGAUGACGCUCCUUGACUCGAGGUGGGGGUUCAUUGGUGGGGGCCACAGAGAGUCGCGUAAAAGAUGCUUUCUUACGCCCCUCUUCGGUCACGAAUGA